AUGAAGAAGAAAAAUAAAGAGGAUUUAUAUAAAGAGAACAAACUAGAGGCUUCAAAAUUAAGAAUAGCUAUAGUAAGCAGUGAUAAAUGUAAACCAAAAAAAUGUCACCUAGAAUGUAAAAAGAAUUGUCCUAUAGUAAAAACAGGAAAGUUUUGUAUAGAAGUAGAUCAUGCUUCAAAAAUAGCAUAUAUAAGUGAAACGUUAUGUAUAGGUUGUGGUAUAUGUGUAAAAAAAUGUCCAUUUACAUCUAUAUCCAUUAUUAAUUUACCUAAGGAUAUUAAUAAAGAUGUAGUACAUAGAUAUGGUCCAAAUACAUUUAAAUUACAUAGAUUACCCAUACCUAAACUAGGACAAAUCUUAGGUUUGGUUGGAACUAAUGGUAUAGGGAAAUCAACAGCACUCAAAAUUUUGUCUUCAAAAUUAAAACCGAAUUUAGGUAAAUUUAAUAACCCACCUGAAUGGAGAGAUAUUUUGUCUUUUUUUAGAGGUAAUGAAUUGCAAAUAUUUUUUACAAAAUUAUUAGAAGAAAAACUUUCUCCUAUUAUUAAACCACAGAAUGUAGAUUUAAUACCCAAACAAAUUAAAGGGAAUAUUCUAGAAAUUAUUAAUAAGAAAGAUAAAUUUAAUCAAAAAGAUAAAUAUAUAGCGGAAUUAGAUUUAGAACAUUUAUUAGAUAGAAAUGUCGAAGAUUUAAGUGGAGGAGAAUUACAAAGAUUUGCUCUCUUAAUGUCUAUAAUCGGACAAUCAACUAAUGUGUAUAUGUUUGAUGAACCUAGUAGUUAUCUUGAUAUCAAACAAAGAAUCUCUAUGGCAAAAAUUAUUCAUAAACUAGUUAAACAUGAUAAUUAUAUUAUUGUUGUCGAACAUGAUCUUUCCAUCUUAGAUUAUCUUAGUGAUUAUGUAUGUUGUCUAUGGGGUAAAGCAGGAGCCUAUGGUGUAGUUACAUGCCCAUUUUCUGUAAGAGAAGGUAUUAAUAUCUUUCUAGAUGGUUUUGUACCUACAGAUAAUUUAAGAAUUCGUGAAGAAUCUCUUAAUUUUAAAUUAGCUACUGAUCAAGAUGCAACAGAUGAAGAUAAAAAAAGAUUACAUUUCUAUAAUUAUCCAACCAUGGUCAAAACAUUAAAUUCUUUCUCAUUAACCAUAGACAAAGGACAUUUCUCCGAAUCUGAAAUUUUUGUUUUACUAGGACAAAAUGGUAGUGGAAAAAGUACUUUCAUACGUUUAUUUGCUGGGCUAAUUAAACCAGAUAAUUUAGAAAGCUUAUCAUUUCUUGAAUCCUUAAGUGUUUCAUAUAAACCACAACAAAUUCAAGCCAAAUUUACAGGAACGGUCAGACAAUUAUUAAUGUCCAAAUUAAAAGGCUUAUACAAUGAUCCAUAUUUUAAUAAUGAAAUUAUUAAACCUUUAAAAAUCGAAUCUAUUCUAGAUAACCAAGUAUUAACAUUAUCAGGAGGAGAAUUACAAAAAGUUGCUAUCAUUGUUACAUUAGCCAAAAAUACAAACAUAUAUCUAAUUGACGAACCAUCAGCUUACUUAGAUUCAGAACAAAGAAUUAUUGUUUCCAAAAUUAUUAAAAGAUUUAUUCUUAACACAAACAAAACAGCCUUCAUUGUAGAACAUGAUUUUAUUAUGGCCACUUAUUUAGCGGACCAUGUUAUUGUUUUUGAUGGACAAGCAGGAGUAAACACCGUCGCCAACACACCUCAAACACUAGCAGCAGGUAUGAACAAAUUCUUGAAAAUAAUUGACGUAACAUUUAGAAGGGACCCAACAAAUUACAGGCCCAGAAUAAAUAAAUAUGACAGUGUAAAGGAUAAGGAGCAAAAAUUAAACG